AUGAUUAAUAAAACAUUUAUAUAUUUUGUUUUAUAUGCUUUAACUGUAGGUUUUUCCACAACAAGUAGUGUAUUUCCAGGUUGCUACUUAGACGUGUUGACUAACCCUGCACUCACUCCUCUCAUUGUUGGCAGCGACGUCUUCCCAGAACCUUCACCCAACGGCAGCCUCCACUUUGUCUACAGAGAACCAAUUUACAUAGCAUGCCCAGGUGGUGAAUUCACACCCACAGCUAUAGAUGUAAACGGACACUCCGUAUAUUGUAGAGAAGGUACAAUAGUCGACAUCAAAACAGGAGUCGCUGGAGACUUCAACAAGAUCAUCUGUACUUUAAAUGACACAGCAAGACCUUAUCUCACUGAUAAACCAAAUUCCGACAUAUCUUGUGAAGGUGGUACCGCUGUUGAGAUAGGUUACACUCUCAACAAAAGUUUCUAUCGCGCACUGUUAGUAUGUUUUCAACUCGAACUUGGCAUUCCUUUGUAUACCAAAUAUCGUAUAAGCAAAUGGGCAAGGUCGGGACAAAAUUAUGCGGAACCACCUCGGUACGUCUUCGAUUUGGGUUUAUUUUCUGAUGAUCCAGUGGCUGCGUACGAAAAUUAUGGGACUACUUUUGAAGAUUUGGGUCUGCAAAGGUACGUUGAUGGUGUUCACUACUUAACUAAAGGGCAACUUGCUGCAUACGAUGAAUUUUUAUAUUCGUUUCAAAGAGAUGCAACCUAUGAUUUAGCUAAUGUGGCGCCACGGUGGAACACGUUUGAUCAAGGCAACUGGCGAGUACUGGAAAACGCGAUUGUUAAUUUACUGGAAAGUGGUGAUAUUGGAGACGCUACGGUACUAACGGGAACCCUCAAAGUAGCUACUUUAGUUAACGUGAAUGGUACAGAAGAAGAGCUUCGUUUGAAGGAAAGUGGUACCACUUUUCCGGUACCGAGAUGGUUUUGGAAGCUAGUUUAUAUUCCUGGUGAUAAUUUUGGCGCAGUUUUCUUUGGAUAUAAUAAUCCUUACGUUUCCAAAGAUAAUGUGGAUUUUGAAUUUUUGGGUGAAAUAUGUUAUAGUGAUGUAUUUGAGAUUUUGAAAGACACUUGGUUGCUAAAUGGUGUCGAUAAUAGUGAUGCUUUUUUGGGAUAUAUUUACGCUUGCCAGUUGGACACAAAUCAAAUAAUCGACACUCUUCUAGCUGAGAUCGUUAGAAAUGUGCUUUUAGAAGGCAACUUGACAAGUAUUAAUUUUUCCACUAAACAAAAAUAA